CCCUUUCAUGGAAUGCGGAAACAUGGGUCUGUUCGACCGCGGAGUCCAGAUGCUGCUGACCACGGUGGGAGCCUUCGCGGCCUUCAGCCUCAUGACCAUCGCGGUCGGCACGGACUACUGGCUGUACUCGCGCGGCGUCUGCAAGACCAAGUCCAUGAGCGAGAACGAGACCAGCAAGAAGAACGAGGAGGUGAUGACACACUCGGGCCUGUGGAGGACAUGCUGCUUGGAAGGAAACUUCAAAGGGAUGUGUAAACAGAUAGACCACUUUCCUGAGGAAACAGAUUAUGAAGCGGACCCAUCUGAGUACUUCUUACGUGCGGUGCGAGCCUCCAGCAUCUUCCCCAUCCUCAGCGUCAUCCUGCUCUUCAUGGGAGGCCUGUGUAUAGCUGCCAGUGAGUUCUACAAGUCACGCCACAACAUCAUCCUCAGCGCAGGGAUCUUCUUUGUGUCUGCAGGCCUGAGCAACAUCAUCGGGAUCAUCGUGUACAUAUCAGCCAACGCAGGGGACCCUUCAAAAAGCGACUCGAAGAAGAACAGCUACUCGUACGGCUGGUCCUUCUACUUCGGUGCCCUCUCCUUCAUCAUGGCUGAGAUGGUGGGCGUCUUGGCCGUGCACAUGUUCAUCGACCGUCAUCGACAGCUCCGAAUAGGGGCGCGCGCAGCCGACUACCUCCAAGGCUCGGCCAUAACGCGGAUCCCCAGCUACCGCUACCGCUACAGACGCCGCUCGCGCUCCUCCUCCCGCUCCACAGACCCAUCACACUCCCGUGACGCCUCGCCGGUGGGCCUCAAGGGCUUCAGCGCGCUGCCAUCCACAGAGAUCUCCAUGUACACGCUGCCCCGGGACACCCUCAAGUCCUCCGGCACGCCCACCGCCACCUACAACUCUGAGAGGGACCACAACUUCCUGCAAGUCCACAACUGCAUCCAGAAGGACCUGAAAGACUCGAGCCACACCAACACAGCGAACCGCCGCACCACGCCGGUAUGAGGGAGUCGACACAGGCCAGGCUGGUCCGGUGGAGAGCGGAGACCAGGAGACACGGGAACCCCUGUGGGUGCGGUACGCCCCUGGUGAAGAUGGAUUUCCAUGUUUAUAGACAUUUGUUCUUUUUGUUCAGCUGCAUGACUUUUCCAUUACCAUUGUUGAGAGAGUUUCAACAAGUCUGCUGUGUUCCUGGAUUGAAUGGCAGAAGAGUGAGAAUGGGUCAGGUUGUACCGAGAGAGUGAGGUCUGUCAUUACGAGGUUUGUGAGGUUCGGGGCACUGACAGGGAGGGUGGGAGGGAGUGGGCAUUUAUGAGAUAAAGAAUUGAUUUCAUGAUUUCAUUGCCCUUUGGUUUGACAGUUUUGCCCCACAGUUUGGUUGGAGCAACAGGUCAGGCUCCCCCGCAGCCGGCCCACCGCUCGGACAUACACCUCUUUUAUUUAAUGACUCAUUUGUUCAUUUUUUGCAUUAAAACUGUGAAUUGUUACAGCUUGGGAUUCAGUAAGAAUUAGCCCAAUCUGUAAUCUCUAACAAAGGUACUAUAUAUAUAUGUAUUACUUUUAUAAAUAAAUUAUUACGUUAAUAAUCAAGAGUUACAGACUUUACCGAAGCAAAAAAGAAAAAAAAAAAACAAGUUAACUAAACCAAGUGCUGUUGGUAACAUGAGGAAAAGACUCUUUUAGUAUCUGUUCAUUUGAAGGUCGAGAACAAGCAAAGGUCCUUUAGGUAGCAGCAGUGCACAGCGACUGGUGCCGCCAGAGGCAGAUACAGACAGUCAGCAGUAGAAUAAUAUCUAUUCUUUUAACAGAACCUUCUCGUCUUUUUCUCAGUCCCUGUUCGCUUUCUUUUUUGGGGGGGUCGUAACGGGAGAAUUGAACCCCUUAACAGAAAGAGCCAACAAAAGGGGUCAAAGUUCACAAAGCAAAGACUCCAAACACGACUUCUACAAAAUAAAAAAGGAAGGAGCAGAGGGGAAGGAAAAGAAGAGGACGCCAAACACAAAAAUAAAAACAAGUUAAAUAUGAAAUAGUACAAGAGAAGCUAAGUGACUCACAAUUUCAGAAAUUAAAUGCAUGCUAUAAAAUUACAGCAAAUCUGCUCUUGAGAAACUUAAGUUUUAAAGGUUAAUAAUUAUAAGGGGAAAAAAAGCAAAGACGCUAAAGUUUAAAGUAUUAAUGUUUCAUGUGUAUUUUUCUUAUGUUUUCUUUUUUAUUUAUUUAGUUCAUUUUAUCUUAUUGCUUUUGUGAGACAAACCAAACAAUCUACAUUGAACAAAACUGCUUUUUUAAAUGGUUUGGUUGAUUUCUUUAUAAAUAUAUAAAUAUAUGUAUGUAUGUAUUUUAUUUUUAAAACUCACACAGCCUUAGUCAUUUCUUUGUUUCUUUUGAUUUUUAAUGUGUUGUUCAAUUUGAAAAUGAAAUCUUUAAAGGUGCCAAAACCGAAUGAUCCUAUACUUGGAUGCAUCAAGUCCUGAUGAAUAAAAUACGAACCCUAGGGGGAACAAAUCA